CACGCUGCCAUCCAUGAGACACAGCCAUGAUCUAGGCGAAACAUCCCCCACCAUUCUCUCGCUCAUCAUUCCUAUUGAGCCAGACAACAUCUGUGUUGGUGACCGGCUGCGAUCAUGACAUCAGCCGCUGCGCCAUUCACAUUUGUCCACGAAACCUCACACCGUGUGGUGGAUGGUACUGCAACAAAGGCCGCGUCGGCCCCACGACGCCAUAUAUGUGGCGUAUGCAAUAGACACUUCAAGAGAAGUGAACAUCUUUUGCGCCACGUACGAGCACACCGUCAAGAAAAACCUUUUAAUUGCAGAUAUUGCCCGAAAGGAUUUGCCAGGAAGGACCUUUUAAGUCGACAUGAGAAAACCUUGCACUCUCUUGAAUACGAAGGGCCUGUGCACAAUUCACAUCGAGGUCCCCGGGAGAACACCGGCCGCCGCGACUCCCUUAGCUUCACGGUCCCGACCAAGACUCCUCCGAGAGGGCGUGAGGACGGAGUGACCAAUCUUGCCAAUGCUGACACCAUCGUGAUUCGGGCUGACAAGAAUCUGGACCUGGCCCAAGACUUCUUCGAGGAAAAUCAAUCUCUCAAUGAUGAUGUGGCCCUGGUGGAAGCACCACUCGAUCUGCUCAACGCGCACAUGGGCAUAUUGCCUGUCACGUCAAGGCUCAACACUCAUUCUUCGUCGAUGGAGCAAACAAGUCUUUUAGGUGGUGCUGGCCCCUUCCCGCCAUUCGCCGGUUCCAUCCUCUCCAGCAAUGGCAAUGGAGCUGAAGCAGAGCAAGGACUCCAGGUCUCUCUACAAAAUAACGGGCCAGGACAGAACAUGAUAGUGGAUCGACCGGAGCCAGUGUCAUCUUUUGCAAUGCCAUUGGAGCUGGCGACCCCGGACUUUUUCGCCAUGAUCGACGAUUCGCUUUUCACACAAAUGUCGCUUCCUACGGAGACGAUCGAUUUUGAAUGCUCUCCAGAGUUGUUCGGUGCGGGCAGCACUUCCAACACCAAUCGGGAGGGCGUUGUAGGCAGCGCAGGCAAUGUACAGCAAACGUCCUCAAACUCCGGUUUCGCCGGGAAUCAUCCGAAGGCGGCCACAGACGGGUCCAUUCUGAACCCGGAGUCUUCCAAACGCAGGAACUCGAAAUCGGAGCGUCCGACCAUCGACAACCUCGUCAAAAAAACACUGCUGGACGAUCUCCGAAGUAAUUACCAUGUCGACGAACAGCAGCUUGCCCAACUGCCCAGCUCCCGAAUGCUGGAUAACUUUCUCUGGAAGUUUUUCCAGUGCUUCCAUAAACACGUUCCUAUAUUUCAUGUGCCGACUUUCGACCCGGCGACGACCCCGGCGCCGCUACUGUUAGCAUUGUGUUCAAUUGGUGCGCUCUACACCCUCAAUCGGAAGCAUGCAGCAGCCCUCCAUCUGAUGGCCAACGACGCACUAGAGGCGACUCUACCCCGAAAGUAUACUGGACAGCCGCCUUGUCUCGAGCCCAUAUGGCAAACACAAUGCAGAGCGCUCAUUACGUUCGGAGCCAUGUUUGGGGGGUCUUUGGGCGAUACAGGCGACGGCAUCUCGGAGCUGGGCUCAUUCGUCCGUCCAUAUGCUUUACAUCGAGCCAGGCUUUCUUCUCACACCCGUGCUCGCCACUUGUCGUCAUGGGAGGACUGGAUCGAAUUCGAAACGUGCAAGCGCCUGCUUUGCUACAUAUACAUCUCCAGCAGUCUCAAUUCCGCCACGUUCGGUUUACCGCCGGGAUUUUCGGGUUUCCGAGACUUGAAUUUCGAAAUUCCUGCCGAGGAAGCAUUGUGGGACGCGCCGACGAGAGAGAAAUGGCAGCAAAUUAUCGAUACCCAUGUGGCUGAGGAGCCCGCCACGUUGAGCGCGGUUCUGAGUGAACUGGUCCUUGGGGACGAGAUGACGUUUUCCAACCGAACCUAUUCACGCCUUGGCAGGUUUGCGACCACGGUACUCAUGCACGGAGUCAAUGUUCACAUGUACUACCUGGCCCAGAGCCGGUCGUCGCUGAUCAUGAACAACGUGGAUGCCAAUAUUGGAUAUGCAGUGAGACUUUCGCAUCACACACAAACAGAAAGAGCUCUCACCCGAUGUCAGGAGUUUUUGAAGACGUGGCAGCUUGCACAUGACGAUUCUCAACACAGCAGACAGGAAGACUCGCUCAUAUUCAACUGUCAGGCGCUCCUGAGACUCUCCUACGUCCGUGUCUUCAGUGGCAUGCGAUACUUCAACCGCACAACCCUGUUGUACGAGGAUCCUGCUCUCAUAGCUAGUGCGGUGGGUACAUAUCUGGGUGAAUCCCGAGAACGCACCGCUUUCUUGACCAAGGCAGCGGAACAGGUCAUGUUCUGCUUCACGACACCCAUCCGAGCAGGGCACAUGUUGACACGGAAAACCGCGGCAUUUACUUGGAGCAUCGAGCACGCUGUGGCUUGUUGGGACUGUAACCUAUUCUUGGGCAAAUGGAUCCACAAUGUUGAGAUCCAGGAAGCCGACACUCCGCUGAACCAGGAAGAGAUUGCCAUAUUCGACAGCCUCAAGGAAGCCUUACAGGAUGCGGAAAAUCCGUACGACCCCCAGAUGUCUCUGGCAGCCCAGGUCACCCGUACCUGGGCUGACUUUAUGGAUGAUGUAUGGGUAUGGCAGAUCACCUUGCGCAUGGGGAAUGUCUUGCGACAGCUCGCCAAAGUUUACGAGUCAUCCUGGCAGGAACAGCAGGCACUGACUUACGGCUUGCAGUCCGUACCUGAACCAGAACUUCAAUGAGAUCAUGGGAUUACAGUUAUUCUGUUUUAGAUUGACAGUGGAAAUGCCCAAAGCCAUAAUUGGUCACAAUACCCUCACAUCUCUCAGUCGCUCAGACAUUUUUCCAGGCACCUCCUUUCAUUGUC